AUGUCACGCACGGGGGCGGAUUUGUUCUUCGAAAAGGUGCAAUUCCAGCCAGCCAAGAAGUGCUGCUCUGGCGUCCGCGAGUGGAACACCAUCGAGUGCUGGGACAAGCUGGAAGCCUCCGGGCCGUGGCCGUCCUACUGCGACAUGAUGGGAACCUGGACGCUUCAGCACUACCUGUUCGACGAGAGCGGCCUGAUCUGGCACGACUCCGGGCAGUGCGUCUCGGAGGAUGCGCAGGCCAGGAAGGCCUCUGCCGCGGAUUGCGGCUCGGCGGUGCGGUGGGAGCAGGUGGACUCCUUCGAGCCUGAGGAGACCAAGUGGUACCGCGAGGCGGUGCAGAGGCUGGGUCUCUCCGAGGACUCCCCGUCGAAGUGA